UUUUUCGUGAUUGAUAAAUCGCCUCUGGAACUUGUCCUUCGAUCCAUGCAUCCCGCAGCAAGGGCCGGUCGUAGAUUCUGACCGUGCACUGCAGGACUCGAUGAAGGCCGCAGCUACUCGGAGUCGGAGGUUGCUAACGAAUUGUUUGCUUCAGCCUUCAGAUACCGAAUAGCUUGAUAGCCGAAGUUUUUCCCUGAACUGAAACGGAGCUGAACUGUACACCUGUGCCAAGCUGGUAAACAAUGAACACAUAUGGUGUGCUCAAGAUGCAGUUAGCUCUAUGUCUGCUAAUAGUAGGCUUUGCUCUUAGCUCUUUGAUGUGGAGACACAGCUGGCAGGAGACUUGUACCGCUCAGAGUUCUGAAAGUGCCAGCUUCCCCGCCAGCAAAGAAGCCCCACUUGGGCUCCUGUUAGAAAGACUCAACUCCCGGGACAUCAUGAUGCCUCUGAAGGAGGUCCAGAAAGCUUUUAUUCAAAGAAAGGCAACUGUGUUUGUCCUCCGCAUCAUGAAAACUGGCAGCACUGGUUUACAAGCUAUUUUCAGCACUCGGAAUCAGGCAGAAUGCAGUCCUCAUUUGCAAAAGGAGCUAAAGCUUCCAGAAAACCUGAAGCAGCAUUGCAACCGGCUUUACAAGUUGCUAAAUGAAGCUGUUUUCGAUCCCCAGUGUUUGGACAUGAGGGGGUGGGAUGCGCCAGAGUGGGUGCAACCAGAUUGUCUUCCUUUUAUAUCUGGAGAUUACGAGAGUCACCUCCUUGACUUGCGCCAUGUGGAGCAAGACCGCAUCUACUUUUGA